AUGGCCCGUAACACCCUCCUCUCCCGUCUCCUCCUCCUCGCCGUCCUCGCGCCCCUCGCGGCGGCCCAGCUCUCAAUCUACACGGCCUCCGACAAGUACAAGUACCAAGGCUGCUUCAACGAGACAAACGACCUCCCCAACACGGCCCACGACCGCGCCCUCUCGGGCGGCGCAUCCAAGGUCAUGGAGGGCAACAUGACGGUGCCCCUGUGCCUCAGCUUCUGCAACAGCGGAGCCGAUAAGCAGUAUACCUACGCCGGCGUCGAGUAUUCUCGUGAAUGCUGGUGCGCCCAGAGAAUCUCGGGCCUCGCCGUCAAGCUUGACGACAGCCAGUGCAACCUCCCCUGCGACGGCAACCAGGGCAUGGUCUGCGGCGGCGCGCUCAAGUUGAGCGUCUACAUGGUCAGCGCCGGCCUGCGGUCCUGGUCCUCGCCCGCGGCCGCGUCGUGGGCCGCGGUUGUCGUGGGCGGCUUGGCGACGUACGUGUUGCUGUAA